CUCCUGCGUCUGUACUGCCAUUCACGAUGCGCACCUUCCCCACUCUCACUGCGACAAAGUUGCAAGCCGCGGCAUACUUGCUCGGAGUAGCCCUCUUCUCAAUCUCAUUUCUGGUCUUCCUCAACGCUUCAAUCUCGUUUGUUGUUACGGAUGUUAUUGGACGCAAGCAUGGUGUUGGCGAUGUAGUCGGCACACUGGGCUUUGCUGACGAGCUUGUGGCUUUGGUCGCAUGUCCACUCUGGGGACUUUUGAGCGACAAAAUCGGUGUCAGGAAUGUGGCUGUCAUGGGCUAUCUCGUCAUUGGUGCCAGCCUUAUGUUGCUGGUACAGAGUCACAAUGUAUACCCGCAACUACUGAUCGGCAGAAUGGCAUUCAGCGUUGGUGGCGCUGCUUGCUCGACCAUGGUCACUGCUAUCCUUCCCUCGAUGACCGCGGAACGAAAGCAGACCACGUCAUCAGAAGCCACUCAAACUUAUGGAGAAGGUAUUGUCACACCGACGAAUCCCAGUGCUCGCCACUCCGGUGCUUUCAGCAUCAGCAGUGAGGUCACCAUCACCCCAGCACGAUAUGUGCAAAGGCCGCCCAACCUCAGACGACGAUCACAGAAGCGUCGCUUUACGACAGAUCCUGCUAUGCCCAAGAAGUCAGACCUCAGUCAGCUUGCUGGCUACGUGGGCAUGUUUACUGGAAUUGGUGCUUUGGUAGCCGUCGGCAUCUUCUUACCUCUCCCUGUAAAGUUCUCUGGAAAGGGUGUCGCUCAGGCAGAUGCUGUCAAAGACAGCUUCUACACCGUCGGUACCGUGUCGAUCGUUGUUGCCAUACUCGUCUCAUUGACUCUUCGCGGACUGCCUGGUGAAGAGGACAAAGGCUUCCACAGGCUCUUUUACUCUGGACGAAGCACCGAGGAACACGAAGCCAACGACUCGUCCUCGACACAUACCACACCGUCAUACUAUCAGCUUGUGCGUUCCGCUGUCCUGCUCGGCUUUACAGACUCUCGGAUUGCUUUGGGCUACCUGGGUGGAUUCGUCGCGAGAGCUUCUUCAGUCGGCAUAUCAUUGUUCGUCCCACUCUUUGUCAACGCCUACUUCAUCCGCGAGGGACUUUGUACCAACGACCCAAGCGAAGAUAUCAAGUCCGGUUGCAAGCGUGCCUACACUCUGGCGUCGAUGCUUACCGGAUUCUCGCAGUUGACUGCGCUGCUCGCUGCCCCUCUGUUUGGCUGGUUCAACGGGUACAUGAGCGAGAAAGGGCAAAUGUCAUACCUUCCCCUAGGUCUUGGUGCUAUCGCCGGCAUCUUCGGAUGUGUCUCAUUCGGGUUACUGGAUAACCCCGAUCCAUUCCACGGAAGCGCAGACGGCAAAGGCGCCAUCUUGGCCGUCAUCCUUCUGGGCUUCAGUCAAAUCUCAGCCAUCGUGUGCUCGCUCGGCAUUCUCGCCAAAGGUAUUCAAGCCUCUACCCCCGCAAUCUCUUCAACAUCAACAACAGAACCAAACACCGUACCUGAAGCACAGGAAGAGCAAUCCGAAGAUACAGAGACCGCAGCACCCACAGAAGCAGCUCCACUCCUCCCCCCAGUCGCAGAAGAAGCACUCUACCCUCCUGAAAUCGACAGAGCACAACUCAAAGGCACAAUUGCAGGUGUAUACUCUCUCGCUGGCGGAGUGGGUAUCCUCCUUCUUACCAAAGUGGGUGGUAUACUCUUCGAUAAGAAGAGUACAGGUGCACCAUUUUACAUGCUUGCAGGCUUCAAUGCUAUUUUACUUGUUGCGGUCAUGAUUGUUUUUAUCGCACAGAGGUUGCGAAAGACUACGGUUCCUGAGGUUUAAGAUGGAUUAGCUCACGUAGAG